AACUUUUGUGGAUCAAUGUUCAGCUGAGAUGAACACCUCCCUAGCAGAUAUUGUGGAGUCUAUGAUGAUCGCAUUCAUACCUACGGGAAACCCGAACGCUCUCGUCCGCACUAUGUUCCCAUGGCAAAUGGCGAUCAUGAAGUAGGUCGUCUUUCAGUUUCAUACACCCUCCCCCGAGCGUCCCGUUCUUGUUUUGAGUUUGGCAUUGAAACCCUACCUCCCCAUUAUAAGUUCCCUGGCGAGGAACUCCAGCAUCCACUGCUGUCAACCAUCUGUUUCUCAUUUCACAAUGAAAUUCUCAUACGCAGCCAGCCUCCUUCUGGGAGCUGUCUCCGUUGGCGCUCACAAAUCCGACAAGUACUCCUACGAGUCGACCGAGGCCGACCACCCUGGCAUCAAUGGCGUAGUCACUGGUGCAAUUCAAUGGCAGUCACCCCCCGUCAACUCAACUCUGUUGAAUGUCAAGGAAUUCCGCACCACUUGUACUGGUCAGAAGGCAGGUCACGACUGUGAACGCGUCGUUGACGGCAGAAGCGACACAUACUGGGAGAGUGACAACUUUGGUCUUGGGCCACCGUGGAUUUCAAUUGAUCUGAAAACAGUCCACAAUGUCAGUGGGCUGACGAUGCUACCUCGAUUUGAUGACGAUGUCACUGGGGGUGUGAUUGAAUCCCACCGUGUCUACCUGAGCAAGGAUGAGCGAGACUGGGGUGAGCCAGUGGCCUACGGAAAAUGGGCCAACAAUAAAGCCAUGAAGCUCGCUUCUUUCAACCCCAUCCCUGCACGCUAUGUCAAGCUUGUUGCUGAUACUCCGGCUCUUCCCGAUGCGCCUGACUGGCAUGAGCCUAUUUCGAUCGUCAACCUUGGUAUCUAUGCUACCGAUUAUACUCUCCCCACGGUGCCUGGCAAGGGUGCCUGGGGACCAACCCUCGAUUUGCCCGUCAUCCCCGCCAGUUCGGCCCAGGAACAGAACGGUCAGAUCAUUCUCUGGUCUGCUUGGGCCAAUGACCAGUUCUUUGCUUCCCCCGGUGGCAAGACACUCACCACCACAUGGAAUCCCAAGACCAAGGAAAUCUCGCAAAGUGUGGUUGCUGAAACCCACCAUGACAUGUUCUGCCCCGGCAUGGCCAUGGAUUUCAAUGGAAGUAUCGUCGUCAGCGGCGGUGGUGACGCUGCUAGAACCAGUAUUUUCAACGGAAAAACCUGGGAGUCUGGCCCUGAUAUGCGCCAGCCUCGAGGAUACCAUGCAACAGCUACUCUAUCCGAUGGUCGAAUCUUCGCGAUCGGGGGCUCUUGGAGUGGUGGCAACAAGGUCGAGAAGAAUGGUGAAGUGUACAACCCCAUCAAGAAGAAGUGGUACACCCGCUCCGGAGCAAAGGUUGACGCCAUGUUGACGAAUGACCGAUUGGGUCGCUGGCGUGCGGAUAACCAUGCCUGGUUAUUUGGAUGGAAGAAUGGCAGUGCCUUCCAGGCUGGUCCCAGUGUGAAGAUGAACUGGUUUACUGUUGAGGGCAGCGGCAGCACAACUUCUGCAGGAAGGCGAAUGGAUGAUGGAGACUCUAUGUCGGGCAACGCUGUCAUGUAUGACGCUGUUCGUGGCAAGAUUCUCACUUUCGGAGGUCAGCCGUCUUACGACGGCUCUUACGGGUCCAAGAACGCCCAUAUCAUUACACUGGGCGCUCCACUUCAAGAGCCUCUUGUCGAGGUCGCCGGAAAAGGAUCUGGUGGCGGCAUGAACUUCCCCCGUGUCUACCAUACCUCUGUAGUUCUGCCUGAUGGCAAGGUGUUUAUUGCUGGUGGCCAGGUCUGGGGAUCGCCCUUCAACGAGGAGACGGUCCAGUUCUAUCCAGAGAUUUACAACCCCGAGGCUGAUACCUUCGACGUCAUGAACGGUCAAAAUAUUGUCCGUGUUUACCACAGCAUCUCCAUGUUGCUCCCUGAUGCGACUGUCCUGAACGGCGGUGGUGGUCUCUGCGGAAAUUGCUCCGCGAACCACUACGAUGCCCAGAUCUUCACUCCUCCCUACCUGCUGACUCCCUCUGGAGAACGGCGUGAACGCCCCACGAUCCUGCGUGCUGAUACUCGAGUCAUCGUGGGCGGGAUCUUGGAAUUCACGGCCGACAAGCACGUUGCUUCUGCAUCGCUCGUUCGCCAGGGAACCACUACCCACACUACGAACACUGACCAGCGCCGUGUCCCAAUCGAGGUGAACGGCCAUGAAGGCCAUUCCUUCAGUUCCAACCUCCCAGAUGACAGUGGUGUCCUGGUUCCUGGCUGGUACAUGCUUUUCGCUAUGGAUUCCGAGGGCACGCCUAGUGAGGCGACCCUGGUCAAGGUGGAACUCCCUCAGUACGCAACCCUCCAGCUCGAGGAAAUGUUGGAGAACGAUAGUGACGGUGAGGACAUUCAAGACCACAGUGCUCAUGAAGGAUGCGAUGAAGAGAAGAUGACAAGCAUGUUGUCUGCUAUUCUCUCCUCGCCUGGCCAGGUCUGGAAAUCGUGGAGACCUUCACUCAUCCUGCAGGGCUACUAAGGGGCCUAGUUGAAUCGCUUCGGCAAUGCCAAGCCUACGAGACUUGCCGUAUCAGAUUCUAUCCUAAUAUAUUUGGGAUGAGCUUUCGAUGCUAGAUAUAUCACAAGGAUUGACUGGUCUUAGCGGUUGAAACCUGACAUUCAAAUGUCCCUCCCUCCGGUAGAUCUUUGACUGAAAUCCCCUCCUGUAAUGAAUAAAAUGUACUUUCAUCUGUAUUAGUUCCAGUAGUAGUUACGGAUUACAGGACCCAAGAUGCU